UGCUAUCCAAACACGUCGACAUGGAGAAGAUAAACAGAGAAGUAGCACAGUCGCUGUUGACGUUGUGUUUAUUCGAACAGGGCGUGUAAAUGUCCGUGGAUAACAGCGGUUCAUGUCAUCUUUAUUGAAAUCAUUUGUAUGUUAUUGAAGCUACAUUGCUAAGGGAGCAGCUAAUGGUCGUGACAACAUGGACAGUGGCCUGAGUCCCCAGGAUAAGAAAGACUUGGACAAGUUCAUUAAGUUCUUUGCCUUGAAGACUGUCCAGGUGAUUGUCCAGGCUCGCCUCGGAGAAAAGAUCUGCACUCGCUCGUCCUCAUCGCCUACUGGCUCUGAUUGGUUUAAUUUGGCCAUCAAAGACAUCCCAGAGGUUACUCAUGAAGCCAAGAAGGCACUGGCUGGCCAGCUUCCAGGCAUCGGACGCUCCAUGUGCGUCGAGAUCUCCCUGAAGACGUCAGAGGGUGACUCAAUGGAGCUGGAGACUUGGUGCCUGGAGAUGAAUGAAAAGUGUGAUAAGGACAUCAAGGUGUCGUAUACAGUCUACAAUCGUCUGUCUGUCCUUCUGAAGUCUCUGCUGGCCAUCACCAGAGUAACACCUGCCUAUAAACUGUCUAGAAAGCAGGGACACGACUAUGUCAUAUUAUAUAGGAUUUACUUCGGGGAGGUCCAGCUGAGUGGAUUAGGAGAAGGUUUUCAGACGGUGCGUGUCGGCGUUGUCGGCACCCCUGUUGGCACAGUGACACUUUCAUGUGCUUACCGCACCAACCUGGCCUUCAUGUCCAACAGACAGUUUGAGCGGUCGGCUCCCAUCAUGGGGAUCAUCGUGGAUCACUUUGUGGAUCCUCCCUGCAGCAGCCAGCGUCCUGCAAACAUGGGGCAGCCCUGCAACUACAGAGCUCCGGAUGAGGAGGACGGAGGACCGUUUGCAGGUGUUCAGGAUUCCCAGGAGGUCUGCACCACCUCCUUCUCCACCUCCCCUCCCUCUCAAUGUGUGUGCACACUGAGUCCUUCGCCUUCUAAACUGUCUAAGCCCGUCCCCCUGGAUAGUCUGCAGCUCCCAUUGGCUCCUGGACUUGUCACUCACACUCUGUACGCUUCCAGACUAUCAUACCAGCCUCCAGCUCUAGCAGGAGCUGCUGAUCUGUGCCACCCUGCUGCCAAUCCAAACCAGAUGUUGCAUGCUGGGAAGGAGGGCGGGGUCGUGUUAGUUCCUGCCCAGCCGCCUCAUGGAGCUGAUGCCCAUCUGACAGCAGAGCAUGCCCCCAACACACCUGGCAGCAGCGGUGACGAUGACGGCCUGUCGCAGAGCGGAGAAGGAAGGAGGGAUGAAGGGAGGAGGAGCGUCUCUCCCUCUGACCCCGUGGAGUCUCUCAAUGCCUUCACGAGGAAAAUCGGGGCCUUUGUGAAUAAACCCAGCACGCAGAUAACGGCAACCAGUAUGGACCUGCCAUUUGCUGCAUUUGCUCCUCGAGGCCUGGACUCAGAGGAGAAUGAUCCCAUGGUACAGCCGCCAGACUCUCCUCCUUGCCCGUCACCCCUGCAGGCCAGCCUCCAUUCUCAGGGCUCAGAGGGAUCAGGGCCGCAGGAUGACUUUGUCAUGGUCGACUUUCGUCCAGCAUUCUCUAAAGACGACUUGUUGCCGAUGGAUCUGGGCACUUUCUACAGAGAGUUCCAGAACCCUCCUCAGCUGGCCAGCCUCUCACUGCACAUCAGCUCCCAGUCGAUGGCCGAUGACCUGGACUCGCUUCCAGAGAAGCUGGCCGUUUAUGAGAAAAACAUCGACGAGUUUGACGCUUUUGUGGACAUGCUUCAGUAGAGAAGGAGUGAAGAGAAGCUGAGAGGACUAGAUGACAAAAAAGACUAAACAGAUGAUGGCGAAUGGAAAAGAAUGAAAGGGAGAAGAGCAGACCGGAAGCUCUGUAGUUGUUUGUUCUGACUAAAUCACGUUUUAAUGUGAAGGUCCUCAUUUCUGACAUUUUCCUUUCCUGCCCAGCACGUUCACCUCGCUUCCAGCUUGUACAGGUCGCUCCUUCCACUGUAAAUACUGUAUUAUCUCCUGACACUGGCAUACACCCCCUCGAUGGUCCGGUAGUGUUAAUUCAAACUAAAAAUCUUUAUUUUCUAUGUGGCACAAAUCCACUCUCGUUGUCGGUGUGUAAUCGGAUGAUCAUGUGUCACUUUAGACAGCCAUGCAGUUCAAGGACAGACUGUUUAUCCACCCUCCCUCCCCCUCUCCCUCCCUCCCCCUCUCUGAAGGUUUCCUCUACAUCAUGGCCUUUCUGAUCAUAUCCAAGCUAAACGUGAAAGUGACACUACUCUAGAAAUUAAACCAAUCCUUGUGUGAUGGGCUUCAGGAAAGGUUUUUUUUCUUCCAAAACUGAAAUGUUGAAAAGCUGGUCUUGGCAAAUAAAUUGUACUUAGCCUAUCUUGUGAUUCAGAAAUGUCCUGCUUUACAUUUCAGUUGAAAGUCCGUAUCAGAAGCAGCUGAGGGUUUGCUCUUUUACCGUAGCCAGGUGCUCCCCAGCGGGUCUGGGUCUUAAACUGCCAACUUCAUUAUUAGCAAAUUUCCCCAAAUGGAAUUUAAAGUGAACUAACAGCUAUCCUAAAAACAUGUUUAAUGCUGACACAACACUUAGUUGGCAGUUUAACACACCUAGCUAAAACCAAUACAACAGUCUUGCAAUAACACUGGUCAUUUUGGAGGCUGUACAUUGUAGAGCUGUUGAAUUAAUAUUGUCCCCCCCUUGCUGCACAGGCUACAGCCUCCAAAAAUGACCACUUCAACACACUUUGAACAGAAACUGGAGCCUUUGAAAGCAGAGCUGCUGCAUUAGACUUUAGUUUUAUCUACUGAGUGCUUUUACUGUUGGCUGUGUAACAUGCAUAUGUAUAUUUUUGGGGGUUUGUAAAGGUGGGAUACAUUUCCCAGCUGUCUAUAGAAGGCACCAGCUCACCAUCCAUGACUGUUGAAGUUUGGUUGAAAGCUUUAAUUUAAACUUUUCUUUGCCUUUGGUCUAGAUGUCCUAAUAAAGCAUGGCUGCCCUGUUGAAACUA